AUGGAAUGUUCAUAUGUUCAACUAGAUGAUUUACCCGAUGAAAUUCUUUUGAUUAUUUUUAAAAAACUGGACAAUUUUGAUAUACUUCAUUCUUUUCAUGGUGUUACAAAUAGACGAUUGAAUAGAAUAAUACAUGAUCCAUUAUUUAUAAGCAAUUUAAACUUUGUUAUAUGGUCAUCUAACAAAUUUCUCAAUAAACUUUCUUCAAAUGUUAUACUUAAUCGAUUUUGUUUACAAAUUUUACCUGAUAUUUCUGUAAAAAUCAAAUUGCUUCAUCUUGAAUCAUCAUCAGCAAAAAAUAUUUUACGUGCUGCAGAUUAUCCUAAUCUAUAUGGACUUGGCCUAUAUAAUAUCAACGGAAAGACAGCUAGACGUCUUUUUACUGGUAAGAAAAACAAAAUAAAAUUCUUUUAAUUUUAAGCAAAAAUUGAAAAUAUCUUGAAAUCACUAAUGCAACUGAAUAAAUUGUUGAAUAUAAGAAAGUACUGUUCUAGUUUCUGUUUCAAUAUAGGAAUUUGCAAAAGAAUUAUAUAUAAAAAUCUUUAUGAGAGAAAACAGUCUUACUAAAUACAAACCCAGAUUUAAACAAAAAUAAUUUUUCUUACUUUUAAGAGAGUUCUUUAGAGAAAAAAAACAGGUGAAUACAGAAACUAUUUCGAAAAAUAAUUUGUUUCUAUCAAAAAUUAUCUUAAUUUAUAUAUUUAGAUAAAAGGUUUUCAACUGGUAUUUUUAAAAAACAAAUAACAAGACUCAUUAUAACAACUCCUAGAGAUAAAAAUUAUUGGUUUACAAUAGUAAAAAUAUGCAGUUGUAUUUUUUCUAUAUUUAACAAAUUAACACAUUUAAUAUUUUCUGAGUCAUUAUAUGAAAAUUAUGUUCCUUUAUUAUUUGAUUUUCCAUCUCGAAGUUUUUCAUCUUCAAGUCUUUUGGUAUUAAAUAUCAAAAUUCAACAUUUCUCACAGUUACUUUAUGUUCUUGAUGAUCGUUUUAGUCAACUUCAUACACUCACUGUUGAUUUGAUUAAUAAUU